AAUGAGAGGUUGUGUGAAGUGAAGAACACAAUACAAAAUUUCAAUUGUGGGUUGCUGACCAUGAAAUGGAAAGUCUUCUGCUAUCUUUUACACUGAGCACAGGACAAGAGGAAAGCUAAGGGGAAAAGUGCCACAAAAGAUUUCACUUUGAACAUUGAGCGGAUAGCUCUAGUGGGAACCAUAGAAAACUUCAGACAUGGAGCAAGGUGGAACUGUUGAACCAGUGGUGGUAGCCGCGGUGGCUUCUGCUUCUCCUGCCGCAGCGCCUGUGGCACCCCAACCUGUUGCUGCCACAGUGGCAGCAGUUGCGGCACCUGCUCCCGUGGUUGCUGCAACCCCUGUUGCUCCUGCUCCGACUGUAACUUCGCCGACAGUUGCUGCCCCGUCACCUGCUACCACACCAACUCCCCAUCCAACGGCAACAGUUGCCACUUCAGCAACAAUUCCUGCCCCAAUAACUCAAACUGCUGCUCCGACUCCAGCUGCACCCAUUGCUUCACCGAUACCGAAUGUUUUGCCUCCAACUACUGCUGUUGCUGCUCAGAGCCCAUCUGCUGAGCUGCAAGCUGUUGUCCAACCCAUUGCUGCGUCAACUCCAGCUACUGGGUCGCCUGUACUUGCUCCAACGAUUGUUUCUCCACCAGCUGUUGCGGCGAUUCCCGCUACUGCGGCCACAGUACUGGCUCCAACGCCUCCUAGUCCAGCGGCUGCCACUCCAACAGCCGUGCCGAUUCAAGAACCAGCUGUUGCCGCCCCUCCUGUUGGGACUACCACUAUCGAUGCACCUGUCCAGACUCCAAUAGCGACCCCGGAACCAGUCGCUGCUGCUGUUCAGAUAGCUCCACCGAUUUCAAAACCAGUUGCUGCCAUAAUAGAAACACCAGUGGCUGUUCCUUCUGUCGAGUCUCCAGUUGUGACUCCAGCGGUUGUCUCGCAACCCGUUAUAGUCGCCGUGCCAACUUCUGUACCAAUUGCGGAAACAGUUCCUGCUGCUGCAGUAGUACCAGAGCCAGUCCCGGAGCCAGCUCUAGCCACCGUAGAAGCACCUGUGCCCACUCCGGUACCCCAAGCUGCUGCCGUCCCUGAUACUCCCGUGGUUUCUUCAGGCGAGACAAUUAGAUCGGAACCGUCUGCUGCUGUUGCAGAUGUACAUAUACCUUCGACAGCUGCGGAACCAGCUAUAGCUGCAGUCGUAGCUCCCGUAGCGACACCAGCUUCAGUUAUUGCUGCCGUCCCGGAAAUCUCUGCUGUUUCUGUUGCUGAAGUAGUAGUCCUGUCUCCGAAACCAGUUAUAGUCGCCUUAGAAGCUCCCGUCGAAACUCCAAUUAUUAACGCUGCCGAAUCCACAGCUGCGACUCCCUUAGUAGAGCAAGCACCGACUUCAGAACCAAUUGUUGCUGCCGCAGCAGCGAUCGUGGAACCGUCUCCUGCUGUUGCAGAUAUACCUUCGUCCGUGCCGGAGCCUGUUAUAGCCGUUUUAGAAGCUCCCACCCCAGCCGAACCAGUCAUCGAAACUACUCCAGUCCCUACUGCCGAAACUAUUAUGGAACCAGCUGUUGCCGUUGCAGAUGCACCAGUGGCCACUCCCGAGGCAGUUAUAGCCCCUGUAGAAGUUCCAAAACCGAUUCCAGAACCUGUUAUUGUUACCGAGACUGUACCUUCUACGGAACAAGUCAAUGUUCCAAACCCUGCGGCAUUAGUUACUCCCGACGUGAUAGAAGUUUGUCCAAGUCCAGUGGCAUCCGCGGAGCCAGUUCCUGCUGCUAAAGAGGUCGCAAGUCCGUUACCCGAUCCUGUUGUUGAAACUCCCACAACCAAUCCGGAAACAGUUCUUGCGGCUGCUCCAGCUGAUCCAGUAACAGUCGAAAUUCCCAAUGUGUUGCCCGAACCAACUCCGAUUGACACAAUUCAGGGGUCUGUUGUGGAUCCAUUCAUUUCUGCUGCUGUUUCCAUUGCUGAACUGCCAAUACCUGAGGCGCCAGUAGCUGCAGCUGUUAUAGAAUCGCCAGUAGCUGAAGAUGUAGUAGAAAAGCCAAAGGUCAUUCCUAGUUCUGAGACUCCACAAGCUGCCGAGGAGCCAAAAGCUGCAGCUCCUGCAGAACCCACAGUUGAAGUACAAGCCACUGCGGAACCUGGUUCUGCUCCUACAGAGGUUGCUGCCGAAACAGAAAUUCCGGCAACCAUUUUGGAACCAUCUAUAGAGAAUCCCACUGUUCCUACUGCCGAAACUAAAGUGACCGAUCAGGACCCAGUUACUGCCGCCGUUAUAGAGACUUUAAUCCCAAGUCCUCAACCAUUAGUUGUUGAUGUAGAAGUUUCCGUACCAGAACCACUGGAUACAGUAGCUUCUCUCGUUGUCGAAGUACAGAUUCCAGUACCAGUUGUUGCAGCCACUCCUGAGACUCCACCGGCCAUCAUUGAAGCCCCAAAAGCUAUUGAAGUGGUUGGGAUCUCUGAGGUUCCAGCAGCCAUCUCCACUCCAGAUUCUGCCGAGGAUUCCACUAAAGAACCAAUAGAUUCUGCAUCUGCUGAUCCCAGCUCCGUGCCAGUAGCCAAGAUAACGCCUCUACUGAGGGAUUUACAAACGACAGAUGUGUCGCUGUUGGCCAUUGCGGCAACCCUAGACGCCAUUGGGGAGAAGCUGAAGGACCAGAAGGCUCGCAAUCAGCAAGUCAUGGACAGACUCUGCGAAAUCGAGAAAAUACUAGGACCUCCAAAACAAAACUAACUAAAGCAACUUAUUACUAGCCUGAAAAUAACUAUAAUAAAGUUGAAAACUAAACGAGUAUAAA